AUGGGGGAGUGGAGGUCUUCUUCACCUGCACCUCACUUAGAUCUAAACAAUUUUGACUCCGCUGCAGCGGACAAAAGCAGGUAUGUUUUAACCAGUCCCCGCUCAUUGGAGUCCUGUGCACGGCUGGGCAUCAAACCUGUUGAUCUACUCGUGAAAUCCCUGAACAAUUUACUGUCUGAGCGGCGCGGCGUGCCUUUGGAGGCGGUGAGAGUGAUGCAUGAAUCGUACGAAAAUGAGAGAAGCAAGUUGUUGCGAAUGUGCCGGGAUGAGAGGGAGAGGAUUAUCCAGCAGGCUGCCAGGUGGCCGAGCGCUAAGAAAGUCCCGAGGCCGGGAAAGCGACAUGACACCAAGCUGAAGCAGGAGCCUGCUGUGGACGAUAUUCCAUAUGCAGACCUGUGUUUGAAGGAGAAAUGUGUGAGCAAGACAUCCUGCUCUGCUGCAGACAGGAGCACCAUCUGCAGCCUAGGAGACCUCAGACACUCUCCUGCUAUCGAUGUCAAGCUACGGAAGCUAAUUGAAGACAUCAAAAGGGAGAUGUGUGUCCCGAUAUCACAGACAGACCGCAAGAUCGCUGCUCUCAUGUUGUUGAGGCACCAGCUGGAGGAGGACCGCAUGAGUAAUAUGCAGCAGGAGGAAGAGGAGCGAGACGAGGCCCGCAGUCAGGAGGAGGCCCGGAGGGUGCAGGUUGAGAAAAGGAGGAGGAAAAAGCUGAUGCAAAGCAUGCAGCGCUGGCAUGAGGAGCUGGAGGCCCGCAGGAGGCUGAGAUUGCACCGGGAAGAAGAAAGAGUAGGGCAACUCAAGCAGGAGGUGAUGCUGCAGGAGGAGCGCUGGAGGAGGCUGAAGGAGCAGGUGGAGGCUCAACGUAGAGGAAAGACUGCAACUGCACAGAGGGAGGCGGAGGGGAGGAGAUGCUACCAAGAGAGACUGCUGAGAAACAUCGAGGAGGUGGAGAACAGGCAUCGAGAGAGGGAGAAACAGGUGGAAAUGGAGAGGGAGCAGAAAGCAAGGAGGAGUAAACUCCUGUUGGAGAGGAAGGAGAAGAAGCGUCUGCAGGAAAAGAAUAGCAGGGAGCUGCUGCACCACCUCCUCCUCAAACAACAAGUAGCACAUCGGGUGGAGGAAGGCGAGUCACGUUUGAGAGAUGCGCUGGAGAGGAAGAUGCAGCGCACUUGUGAGAAACACGGCCGCCACUUGGAGGCCAUGCUGAAGGAGCUGUGGGAGCGAGCGGCCCAGGAGGAGAAGCGGCUCCAGAGAGCCCGACUGAGGGCCAAGCUGCAGAGCAUCCAGCAGCUCACACACAAGCACCUCCUGUUCAAGCUGAGUCAGCAACGCACGCUGAGGGCCACAGAGCACGCGUGUGGCCAACACAGGAGGAGAGCCCAGCAGACGCAUCAGCACAACACAGACAGGCAGCUCCGCCACCAGAGGCUCAGAGAGAACGUGCAGCGAGAGGAGGAGGUGGCGAGGAGGGUCAGGGAGGGAAGCAUCGCCGUGAAGGAAUGGAGGCGCGAGAGGCUACGCGAAGAGCGAGAGCACACCCAGCAGGAGGCGCACAAGCUGGCGUUGGCAUCUUUUAACUUGAGGGAGCGGGUGAGACAGCAGACGCAAAGUCGCUCUUUUGCUCACAUGGCUCAGGAAGCUCAGCUGGCCGCCUCCAUUAGCCGCUUGAACCUCUGAAACAACAAGCAAGGUCCAUCAAACACCUUUAAACUUCCAUGACCUCUGACCUCACAAAUGUGCUUGUUUGGAUCCGUAUGAAUCAUUAAUGCCUUUGAACACACACAUGCUGACACACUGUGACAACCAACAUCAUCUAGAACAGUGUUUUUCAACCACUGUGCCGUGAGAUACAGUCUGGUGUGCCGUGGGAGAUUAUCUAAUUUCACCUAUUUGGGUUAAAAAUAUUUUUUGCAAACCAGUAAUUAUAGUCUGCAAAUUAUGUGUUGUUGUUGAGUGUCGGUGCUGUCUAGAGCUCGGCAGAGUAACCGUGUAAUACUCUUCCAUAUCAGUAGGUGGCAGCCGGUAGCUAAUUGCUUUGUAGAUGUCGGAAACAGCAACGGCAGCGUGCAGGUAAAAAGGUGUCUAGUGCUUAAACCAAAAAUUUAAGAAAAGGUGAGUGCCCGUACGAAAAGGCAUUGACGCUUAGGGAAGGCUAUGCAGAAUGAAAUUAAAACUGAACUGGCUACAAAGUAAACAAAAACAGAAUGCUGGACGACAGCAAAGACUUACAGUGGAGCAAAGACGGCGUCCACAAUGUACAUCCGAACAUCUCAAUCAACAAUGUCCCGACAAAGAAGGAUAAAAACAACUGAAAUAUUCUUGAUUGCUAAAACAAAGUAGAUGCGGGAAAUAUCGCUCAAAGGAAGACAUGAAACUGCUACAGGAAAAUACCAAAAAAAGAGAAAAAUCCACCAAAAUAGGAGCGCAAGACAAGAACUAAAACACUACACACAGGAAAACAGCAAAAAACUCAAAAUAAGUCACAGCGUGAUGUGACAGGUCGUGACAGCACACCUACUUUGAGACAAGAGCUAUAGUGAUGCAUGGUUGGUUAUGGUUUAAAGUCAUAUCCAACAAUUGCGACAACGACUUUUUCGUCAACUGAGUUUCAUUUUUUAAUGAUUUUUUUAUGAUUUCUGCUGGUGGUGCGCCUCCGGAUUUUUUCAACGCAAAAAAUGUGCCUUGGCUCAAAAAAGGUUGAAAAACACUGAUCUCGAAGAUGGUUUUUUUGAAGGGGUGGGAGGUCAAGAAGGUAGAACUGUAUUUCAUUGACAAGCUGACAAAUACAUAAUUCCAUGUUUUUUAACCCCUAGGGGACAAAUUAUGACUUUGUCCCGUUAGUUAAUGUUUGCUGUCUUUUGGAUAAUCAUUGUUGUAUUGCUCCAUUAUACAUGAUUUUUCCUGUUAUUUUUUUAUUAUUAUUUCAACGUCAAAUUUUUUACAGCAUUACGAUAAACUGGCAGUCAUUCAACAAUACCCCAAACAGAACAUAAAUGUUAUUCAUUUUUCAAAUGGCAUAAAACCUUUAUUUGCUCAAAUCUUUCAAUCAACUUUUGCCUUAAAUAAAAAUACCAAACAUGUAAUGUUUUUUGUAAUGUUCUGUGAAAGAAAUUGGACAUCGUCAUGUCCGUUGUGUCCUGAGCAAGACACUUCACCCUUGCUCCUGAUGGGUGCUGGUUAGCGCCUUGCAUGGCAGCUCCCUCCAUCAGUGUGUGAAUGUGUGUGUGAAUGGGUAAAUGUGGAAGUAGUGUCAAAGCGCUUUGAGUACCUUGAAGGUAGAAAAGCGCUAUACAAGUACAACCCAUUUAUUAUUUAUUAUUUAUUUAUUUAUUAAAAUUUAACAGAAAUAUCAUGAAUAAUGGAGUAAAUUAAAAAAAAAAAAUUGUGACCAGAACACAGCAAAAAUGUAGUGAAAGUACAAAAGUCAGCCUCUGUUUUAUGAGAGUUAAGAAGCAUGAAAUUAUGUAUUUGUCAACAUUAAUUUUGCUAGCAUCAAGUUAACAGUGUAACAACUAGUUAGCUAGCUAAUACAGUAAUCUAAAGUACAGGUUUCAAACUGUGCUAUGUAGGUUUUGAGGACUGUACAUGUUUAUAUUUUUCAGUACAACAUUUCUAAAAUCCUUCUUUCUUCUGUUGCUCAUAAGUAAUAAUCACAUUUUUGGGAUACUGA